CUUUACAUCUAAGCAAUGAUGCACUGCAUACCUGAUAUAGCCCAAGCUGGCACUCUACCCUUCCCAUGCAGAGUAAAUGGCUGCCCCAAGUGCAGGGGAGUUUUAGUAGUCUCCUUAAAGUCAAAAGAUUCUGUCCACAAACCCACUGAGCAAAUGGCACAAAGGAGAAGUAUGGAUAGCUGAGGAGGGAAAUAAGGUGCAGGUACACAGAGGCUGCAUAGUAAAGCAUAGAAGCCAAGCAGAAAAGCCACCACUCCCUGCCUCCAGGGGGAUGUAAACAGGCUUCAGGCAACCUCAGGUGCAUGUGCUGGGGUAGCAGCAGGUGUGAGCUGUUCUGAGUAACGAAGCAAGGUUCUUAUUCACUGCUCACAUUCAUUUGCUCCCAGUUGCAGUCAGGUUUUAGCUAAGAAUGCUGAUGUAGUAGCUCCACAUAAUUUCUUAUAUGUCUGUUACUAGCACAGGUUCCUCGUUGCAGCUAGGUAGCCCUGUCUGCAACUGUGAUUUACAACAAAAGGGGAUGCAUGCUGACACCUCUGCAUGGGGAAUGAAUCUUGAUGUGGUGUUGCCUUCCUGGUCCUUCCUGACCAACCUUCUGAAUGAUGAGGCUGAUGAGUAUUACGAGUACUAUGAUGAAUACACGCAGGUGGAGGAGGAAUUCUCGGAAGUGAUUACGCUCUUGGGGGAACCUGACUGGGUAGACCUAUCCCCUCCCUACAGAAGAAUCCAACAAGAUCUGUGCUCCUCCAACCCUUGCAAGAACAACGGCCAGUGUGAGAUGAGAGGAAGCAAUUUCACCUGCCUCUGCUCCAGGCCCUAUACUGGGGAUACCUGUGAGAAAGUGGAGGACAUGUGUGUGGACAACAGCUGUGUCAGAGGGGACUGCCUUGUUACGUUAACCAAACCUUACUAUCAGUGCAGCUGUAGCCAUCCCUACAAGUUACCAGACUGCCAGCAAGCUUCUUCACAAUGCAGGCCAAACCCAUGCAAAAAUGGAGGAAUCUGUAUUCGGCACAGAAUCAGAUCAAAAUUCACCUGCAGGUGCCCUGAACCUUACCGAGGGAGGUUUUGUGAGAUCGGACCGGAUGAUUGUUAUGAAGAGGACUCCUUUUAUUACAGAGGAAGAGUGAACCAAGCAAAGAAUGGCAGAACUUGCCUGCACUGGAAUUCCCACUUGCUCUUGGACUUCUCUAUUAAUGCAUUUAUGGAGGAUGCCGAGUCUUAUGGCAUUGGGGAACAUAACUUCUGCAGAAAUCCUGAUUAUGAUCAAAAGCCCUGGUGCUUCAUCAGAAAAAAUGGCAAAGUGAAAUGGGACUUCUGUGAUGUUUCACUGUGCUCUGGAACAGAUAAGGAGAUCCAAGAGCAAGAAAAUGAAAUGUUCAAAACCUGUGGGCAGCCAGAAAGUCAAAGCGGACUCGAGAGAAUCUAUGGUGGAACUAAAACUACAGUUGGCAAGCACCCCUGGAUGGUAUCUCUGCAGAGAAAGUCUUCUAGAAGAGUAACACACUUCUGUGGUGGAGUGCUAAUUAAAUCAUGCUGGGUUCUUACUGCUGCACACUGCGUUGAAAGCCAUGCAGAAAAUCUCCAAGUGGCCCUGGGAAAGCAAAACCUCAAGAGGAGAGAACAUCAGGAGCAAAUAUUUGAUGUGGAGAAGGUCAUCAUGCAUCACAGAUACAGAAUGGAGGACGAUGUCCCACACAAUGAUAUUGCAUUACUUAAGUUGAAGCCGAUUGAUGGUCAAUGUGCCAUUGAAACAAAGUAUGUGAAAACAGCAUGUCUGCCAGAUUUUGAAUUUCCUGUUGGGACUGACUGCUUCAUUUCAGGAUGGGGCAAGACAGAGAAAGAUGACAUGUCCUUUCAGCUGUUAGAUGCCAGCGUCAAGCUGAUUUCGCAGCAGCAAUGCAAUGCACCCAGAGCACAUGAUCAGAGGCUGGAUGAAGGGAUGUUUUGUGCAGGAAAUCUUCGGAGAGGUAGAACUGAUUCUUGUCAGGGAGACUCUGGAGGUCCUCUAACUUGCGUAGAAAAUGGCUUCCAUUAUGUAUAUGGCAUUGUGAGCUGGGGUGAUCAGUGUGGUUUAAAAAACAAGCCAGGAGUUUAUACCCAGGUGACAUCAUUUCUCCGUUGGAUUAAAUACAAAAUUCAAACCGAGUCAUUAUUGGAACAAUAGCUGACAGCUUUCAUAUGGUGAAGGAAUUUCCGAAGCAUCAGGAUUAACUGUGACCUGCUGAGAUCCUUCUGGCCCCACUUGGUCCUGUAAGAUCAAACACAACUACAGCAUGAAGAUAGCUGAAAGCAGAAAGCUAAGCUCUUUAUUCUAUAAAUGUAUUUACGAAUUAAAAAUUACCUCAACUGGAAACAACUAGA